AAGUAAGCAUGGUUUCUCUAAGAACCGCCUCCCGAAAUCUCCUCUUUUUCCAUAGCCACAAUAACAUCAAAGGCCUGUUCUUCUUCCAGUUUAUUGCAAGUCAAAUCUAUUCUUACCACUCUCUUUCCAUGUCCCUUUGCAAUUUUCUUCUUCACUAAUCCCAAAACCCCCACUAUGUCAAUUGCACCACUCACUUCCAAUUCCACUCCAAACUCUCUUAUUCUCAUUCACCGAUCAAUCAGAAGGAGAAAUGGCAUCUUAUUCAUGGCGAUUCCCACUUCCAGAAGCAUCAAUUCGAGGUCUUUUUCUCUACCCGACCUUGUCUUCAAGAUCCCACGUACUUCUUCCAAGCGCAGCAGAAACCCCAUUUGCCCUCGACUCAAAUUCGUCUCCCCUGUAAUGGAAUGGCAGAAUUGCACUUGUUCCAGGAGGAUGGAUUCUGAGUUUCUUUGAAUGUUAUGGGUUUGUUGGUAUAAUUAGGAAAAUGUGAUGAAUGCAGGGCUAAGAUGGAAGUUGAUAUACCUGCUUCGGUUGCCUAUAAAUGCUACUCAGAUCGUGAAGCUAUACCCAAAUGGAUGCCUUUCAUUUCAUCUGUGAAGGUAUUGGAAGAUAAUCCUUCAUUAUCACGGUGGUCACUAAAAUAUAAUGCUUUUGGUCAAGAUAUUGAAUUCUCUUGGCUUGCUCGAAAUUUGCAGCCAACCCCAAAUCAAAAAAUCCAUUGGCGGUCUCUUGAAGGUCUUCCAAACAGAGGUGUUGUACGAUUUUAUCCAAAGGGCCCUUCAUCUUGCCUGGUAGAAUUGACCGUCUCCUAUGAAGUCCCUCCUCUUUUGUCACCGGUGGCUUCUGCACUGCAACCUUUGCUUGAGAGAUUACUUCAACGAGGUCUCAAAAGUUUUGCUACGUUUGCUAAGAAAUACCAAACGGCUUGAAGAUUGAAGAUAUUGUUAUAAUGGGUAUCAUACAUUACGAUUUUUUUCAAAAUACUCCGACUGAACAAAUGUAAAAUCUUGAACACAAUAAUCUGUUUUACUGAAGAAUCUCAUUUACUUUACAAAAA